GACUAAAUAAUAAUAUAAGUAUGAAGACAAUAACACUCUUCUUAUUAAUUGUACCAUAAUUGGUGAAGUGACGUGAGUGUAGUGAAUAAUGACUAAGGAGAAAAGUAUUCUUGAAAAAAAUGUGGAUUACCUAGACUUGCAGCCGUCGACGGCGACCAAGGACCGUUUCCCCAGGAUCGUACUAAUUAUAAUUUUGGCUGAAUUUUGUGAGCGGUUCUCAUUUUCUGGAAUGAAAGUGUUCCUGACUUUGUACCUCCGCAGCAAACUGGGCUAUACUGACGACGGAGCCACGGAGACGUAUCACAUAUUUAGCACGUUGCUUUACGUGUUCCCCAUAAUAGGAGGUGUUCUGGCAGACAACUACCUUGGGAAAUUUAGAACGAUUUUAUAUCUAAUGUUCGUGUAUGCGGCGGGAAAUAUUUUAGUGGCGGUGACCGCUGUACCUCAAUUGGGUUUGCCUGGACGCUUAUGCACUAUGCUCGGCUUAUUGAUGAUUACAAUCGGUACUGGGGGCAUAAAACCUUGCGUCACUGCGUUUGGCGGCGACCAAUUCAAGUUGCCACAGCAAGAGCACUUUCUAGCCAUUUAUUUUAGUAUACUGUAUUUCAAUAUAUGCUGCGGUGGCCUUAUUUCGAAGACUGUGUCACCUAUAUUGAGGUCCGAAGUGCAUUGCUUUGGUGAUAAAGACUGCUAUUCAUUGGCAUUUGGAGCACCUGGGAUCGUUAUGCUUUUGUCGAUUGUUAUAUUUGUUAGCGCCCGAAGUCGCUAUGUUAUGAAAAAACCCGAAGGCAACAUAUUGCUGGAUUUCAUUAAGUGUAUAUCUUUGGGUGUAAAGAACGUGGUACAGAGGAACACAGAGAAGGGCGUCCACUGGCUGGACAGCACCAAACAUCGUUACGACCCGAAAUUCAUAAGAGAUAUAAAGAAAACCCUUUCUGUAUUAGUCUUGUUCAGUGCAUGUCCUGUGUUCUGGGCUCUGAUCGAUCAAAUGGGUUCAAGAUGGACAUUACAAGCUACCAAAAUGGACGGAAGGUUUGGUUUUCUAACGAUAAAACCCGAUCAGAUGCAAGUGUUGAAUCCUAUAUUCAUUCUCAUUAUGAUCCCCAUCGCUCAAAAGUAUGUUUAUCCGUUCCUGGAAAAGAGGAAUAUUUUGAAGAAUCCCCUGCAUAAGCUCACUUUGGGCGGCGUGUUGGCCGGGGUAGCUUUUAUCGCGUCCGGGAUAGUGGAGAUUUACUUAAGGACAAAAUAUCCUCAACUACCACAGCCAGAUUAUUCCCAAAUCAGAAUAUUUAACGGCAACCCUUGUACUAUCUCUCUUCGUAAUAACGAUUACGAAACUGAUAUGUCGUCUCAUUCAUACUUCGUUAGAAAAGAUGUACCGGUGAAAGGGACAACAAAUAUGACCUUCGAAUUGGAUGGUGCUUGCAUAACAUCAAGAAAAGAAACAUUCCUACUGGAAGAAAAUAGUGCUGUUUCAUUUUUUAUAGAUGGCAAUAAUAUAUACAGAUACAAAGAUGUUUUGGAAAAGAGUAAAUCUGGAUUUCCUGUAGUAAGAUUUUUGGUAUCAAACAGAGUAUUGGCCCAAAAUAUAACAUUUACUAGAGAACGGAACAACGAUACCGAGGCCUAUAUCCAUCAUGGCGUGUCCAGGCUAAUGGAGGUGUUCACUGACACCUACUCCAUAAACGUCAUGGAAUCAGGUACUGAGAUAUAUAAUCAAACAGAGAAUAACACAGUUGCGUUGUCAAAUGAUACGAGAAAUUUCACUAACGCGGUCGCUGCUCGGAAUAUUAAAAUGGAGAGCGGCGGGGUUUAUACUAUAAUGCUGGAUAAAAAUGACGAUGAAUUCAAUGUAAGUGUGAUCGUAAUCACAGAAGCCAACUCAAUAACAAUGGCGUUGUUGCUUCCGCAAUUUCUGAUCAUGUCAGUGGCUGAGCUUUUAUUCGCGGUGACUGGUAACGAAUUCGCGUUCAAAGAGGCACCGGAGAGUAUGAAAGCGGUGAUGACAGCCGUGUGGCUGCUGACUGAAGCCAUGGGCAAUGUCAUCAUCAUAGUCAUCACCAGGCUUCUUGUCAACUAUGGACAGCAUACACAGUUUUUCGUGUAUACCGUCCUCAUGUUCAUCUCCAUCACGAUAUUCCACUUCCUAUCUCGAGGGUACCAGUUUGGCCACGAAGAAGACCAUCCGAAGAGGGAGUGCCGGAGUGGUAGUGAGGUCCUGUAUCUGCAGGUUAAGCAAACGGAAGAAUGCUUCGAUCAUUAGCCCUAAUGCUUAUGCCAUAAUUAAAUAAAGUAUUCUAGACUUUGGCAUUGGAUCGAAGCCCCGAUGCUCAUAAAUAAAGUAGCAUUUUUGGUCCCGUAGCAUGGCACGGGCGACGCCGUUUUUAUCGCGCGAUAAACCAUCGCUAUCCUAUUUCACGUCACAAUAAAUGUGUAUAGUUUUUACUUACCCUUAUCAUGCUUACUUCCGUAAUUGCAUUACUUGGACAUCUAUUUAUCAUGAUUAUCCUUCAAACUAUUUGAAUUAGCUUUAAAAUUAACUCAGACAAGACUCUUUGUCAUAUUGUUGCAUAUAACUCCCAACUCUUAUAUGUGGUAUGUGUUUUGUAGUGUGGCACAUACCUAAGUCAAUUUGAUACCUAAUUUAUGUUUUUUUUUAUCUUUUCUCAACUUACAGUCUAAGUUACUGUUUCCAAUAUUAAGCCAAAAUUUGAAAUCCAUAUUUUUAGUUGUAUUCUAAUUUGAUUUAUCAAAUUCAAUAAUUGUUUGUAAUUAUUUCUUACCACAUAAGAAGAGCGGGUUCUCCAAACAAGUAUUUAUACUUAAAUUGAGAUCCCAAUGAAAAUGGGAUACUGUACAAGAGUUAAACAAAUAAACUUCCUUUUUUAAUUAAAACCGAAACAGCGAUAGUUUUUCGCGCUAUAAUAAUGGCUAUGCGCGUGCGUUGCUUCGAGGACUGCUUUUUAUUUUGUAGCUUAUCCUAUGCCUUUUUUAAUUUUGUUUUAUACAUUGCUUGUACAUUUUUAUAUAAAUGAAUGAUAAGUUGUUAGUAUUAGCCUUAAAAUAUCGAAUGAAAUUAAUUGAAUGUGAUUUAUACAUAUGUUUAGUGAUUGCACAUUUAUUUCGUGAAUUUAAGUAUUUAUAUUUAUUAAUUAAGUAAAAAAAGUUUUAUGUAGGCUUAUGUAUGUAUUUACCAAGUAUUUUAUAUAUUUACCAAGUAUUUUUGUAUAAAAAAGUUAACCUAUAAUAAAUAUUUAAUUAAUUAUAAAGUGUAAUAACCUACCUAUUUUUAUUGUACAGAACUUUUGUGAAAAUUGUAAGAAAUAAAUUAUUAAAAAAGUUUAUCUUAUUUAAA